AAGUAGUCACCAAAUCGACCGGUCUGCUGUCAGUCGAACAGUGCUCGGCACACUCGUAAAUAAAUCUUUCCUUCCACCCAACCAUAGACUACUUUGAUGCGCAUUGGGAAGUAUCCCCAUAAACGCAACGUGUCAAGACGAUACGUCGUUCCAUUUUGUUACAAAAAAACGGAUUCGUCUGGGUUAGAUAGUCAAAGAUAUCGAGCGCGAGUUCGCGUUUGUUUCAAUUCCGGUGAAGAACUCUAUACCGCAGAGGACUUCUUGUACAUCCCCCAUCCCACCCCGGUGAAUGAGUUAUCGCAGAAUCGCAUCACCAUGAGAGUCAUGUGUGUCAGAUUAGAAUCGCAUAAAUUACCCCGUCACCUGAGAAGGUAGCGUAUAGUGGUGGGCUGUUUGAAGUUGGUCACCGGUUUAAGCCGUCCAAUUGGCAAACUCGCUCCCCGGUAUUAUAUCAGUGUGUGAUUCACGUUUGGAAAUGCAAAUGUGAUCAGAGUCGGAGGCGAGCUGAGCAAGAUAGUCAUCGAACCGGGAUAUGAAUUCGGCGAAUGGAGAAGAGAUUGGGAAUUCCUAGAAUUGUGCACAUAACAAGCGUUGCUGAUGAGGUGCUACAUUCCUAACUCAAUCUUUCGAAAAUCUUGGAUAGUGCGGCAGGGCAAACAAAAAAGCGAAGCAGAAAAGCAGGUUUAUUACAAAAGUAGAGACCGUGCAGGACAAUGUCUCACCGUGCAUUGUCCACGUGUUAAAAAAAGUCCUUCUCACCCGAACCUACAACUGGAAUGACGGUGCAAAACAAACGACACAAAAUCUGUCGCUAUCCAUCCAUCAUCCGGAAGGCUGAUUCCGGCUUGCGCUUCCAGGUAGCGGGUAGCAUUAGCAAUCUACGUCCAAAACCAGGGGACAUCUAUCGCUACUACCAGGUCGGCAGCAUUGUCACUGCAAGUGUUCGGUAUCGUUUAUUUCGGGGUUACACCUCGGAAGGCUACCGUGCCCGCUGCUCUGUCGGAGUGUGUCGGGUCGAAGCAAUUAUGCGCAUUCGUAAUGUGUCCUCCCCUUGCGUCGACGGUAGAACUCUCCACGGAAUGUCUUCAAAAAGGGAUAUAGAAUUUGGCGCAUCGUAUCCGGUGGUCACCCCGGUGGAGCACGCUGGACACGACCCGCUCCAGCCAUGCAUGGGGAGCGGCAGCGUGGCCUAGAAGGGUUUCCGCUUCUUGGAAGGAACACAGCAACACACAAAAGACGACGGCGGAAGAGCACUACACGAACGUGUGGGACACAUUUCGGCACCGACCGGCGGCGGAUAGUUCUUGAGUAGAAUUCCAAUUCCAGCAUCGGGACGUGGAACCACUUAUCCCCACAAUAACCGGUUGAUUCCCCCUUCUUCAGGGCGGAUACGAUGGCCACCUGGGGGUAGAUAUCGCUCCGACGACCCAGCAGUGCUUUACGGUGCAUAAAUCUUCCGGUGGAGAACUUGCUGAUGGCGACUUUGGCGAUUCCUGGGAAAGAAGCGGCAGGGUUUCUCUCUCACUCUCUCUCUCUCUCUCUCUCUCUCUCUCUCUCUCUCUCUCUCUCUCUCUCUCUCUCUCUCUCUCUCUCUUCCCAAAGACUACGCGAGCCGGGUUUAAAAUGACAAGAUGAAACGCUGCCACUUUCGGGGUGUGAAUGUCAUCCUCUUCUUUCGGAGAGUGUAAAAUACUUCCAUCUCCUCCUGAGGGAUCUAAUGCAAUGAGCACAAAAGUCAACAAAAAACAACUGCAGCGAAUGCCACAAUAAUGCAAACAAAUUCCUUACCAAAGAACGCGCUCUAACAGCAGCACCAGUCAAUUUGUGGUACACAUUUUCCGUACACGAGAAGAACGAGCCGUACCAGGAACAAACCUAAGCUCCGACCGUUUGCCUUCUCUCUAUCUUUCCUGUUUGGUCAGAAAGCGGAGGGAAAGGGCAAAGCGGAUAAAGCGGAUCACUCGCACACAUCUACAUACUUUGUGUUCCACCACAUUGCCACGAGGCGGCGGCGGCGGCGAUGGCGGCAACCUUCAAAGGCGAGUUCACGCUUAUCUUAAUUUUUUGAUGAACUUAUUCCUCGCCCUUUUCCCUGCACGCACAGCACACAGAACAAGAAACACAGACACACACACACACAUACACCGAGGAGCCGUCCUGGGUGCGGAGGGCACUCCAGUGGACUUUGAAAUCUCCUCACGCCUUCCCAUUGGCUUUGGAGGAUUUUUAGAAUUCAGUGCGAGGUGGGGUGGAAGAAGCGGGGGGGUUUUUUGGAGUUCUUUUGCCCGCCAACGGGCCAGCCCAGCAUGAGCGUGAUGCAAUCAGCGUCGUGUGAGGAUGACAUCAGAAAGGAUACACACCGAAAUGAGACCUGUCAGAGAAGCUGGUGUAAAUGAAUACAACCGUAGCAAAAAGGGUGAGCCACCGAUGCAAAAACGAAAUGAGAUUUUCUUGUACAGCGACGAUCGUCCUCCACUCGAAGGUGCCUUUCUUUGGAGCGAACCUGUACAAAGCUAAACCAUACCAAAGUCGAACAGCCGAAGAGCACCAACAGCAGCAUUGGCAACCGCUGGUGCCCGAGGCACUGACACCGGAACUGAUUAAAUGCGCACAAACUGGCCCGGGCAAGGUUGGUAGCCGACCGGCACUUCCAUUCUUCCGCUUCCAUAUCUACACCAUCACGCCGCAGAUAAACGAAUUCUUGCCGCGGAGCUGGCCACGGUGCAUAACAAAUUGGUAAUGGGAUUGCUUUCAUGAGGUUUUUUUUUCAUUACCAUUUUUGCCUUUUACGCCUCUCCGCAAGAGAAGAGCCCCGGCAGCGCAGAAGCGCGAUUUUACAAUAAUUCAGUUUUUUUAAAAUGUUGUUCGCCCGCUCACCACCGAGCUCCAGACAAUUUAACAUCCAUUUCCCGUGGCCCCGGCACGAUCGGUUCCGGUGUCAAGAUUGGGUUAUUUCGUAAAUGGAUUCCACCAGAAAAUAUGGAGAGGCGAGCAAAAAAGGCCAUUAUUUCAGAAUCGAUAACGCAUGGCUAAAGUGAACCGCUUAGAGAAGCGCCCCAUUUUUGUGGAGCAGUUUUAUUAUGAGGAACAGGAGAGUCUUUACUGGCCGAUGCAAUGUGAGCAUAUUAUUUAGCUUUAGCUGAUUAGCGAUUUGUUCCGUGGCGUGGCAAACGAUCUCAUGGAAACGAUGAUCUUGUAUACCCAGAGCAUGGUAGACCGAGUUUUAUCAAAGCUGUUUUUAUUUAUAGGCUUUUCAUUCGCUUCUAUUAAUCACCCCGUAAAGAUGUACAAUCCAAUGAUCGGAGAUAGCGAGACGGAUGAUGACACAGCGCGCCCAUGCCCGAGGGGAUACAGCAAGCGAACCGCCCAAAAAACCCUUCCAGACCCGGGGCGUUUGGGUAAGAGACAAUAAAUUAAUACCGACUACUAAACCAUGGUGGAUCAUCCACAACACCCACCCGGGUUCUCUGGGAGGCUACUGAACACACAUCCUGAUCUAAUCAGCAAACUACCACCCCGAAUGCCUGAUGCCACCCGUUUUCGCCACGGUUUUGUCCGGGGUCGUCGUCAUCGCGCGCCAAACAAAUUGACAAGAUUGAAUGAUAGAGAAUUAUUCACCGUCCGUGUCCCGUUGUUGCGUCUAAACGAGCACACGGUUGAUCGCAGCGAGCUGUUUGACGGUGUAAAAACGACUCACUCGUUGCCUCAUCUGCCUCGUGUGGGGGUUUAUUGAAUGCCACCGGUUACCGGUCGAAAUGAAGAUAGUCACAGCGCAGCUUCACGAAACUACGAUCGCGAUCGCGCCCCACGAUAACGGCCAUAAAAUAUCCCACUUUAGGGCAAGGGGCGCAAGCGUGAUAGCGUAGUUUGCCGUUACUGCUAUUGUUAAACGAAACGGGAAAUUGACACCUUCGGAGUUUCGGAUUACGCAGAAGCAUUAAAAAUGAUCGCGAAACAUCGUCCUGUCCCCGGUAUGGAAGCGAAAACGAAAACAAGCCGUAAUACGAUUGACCGAUUGACGGGAAAAGUUACAACACAUAAUGAAACGAUGUCAAAGCCAAUUUACACAGCCAGUUCAACUCUCUCAGAGGAGUGUUUUGAGGUAAAUGACUAAAGUCCAUCGCAAAGAAGCCUUUCUAGUGUAGCCCCCAACCAGAUCACUUCAGCGCAACUGAUCAAGCGUCCGGAAGGGAAAUUACUUACCCUAAUAAUCCGCAAAAACAGAAGAUACAAAAGCAAAUUAAAAAAAGCCACGACGACAACGCUUACAUUUCAAUCUGAAUUAAGCUUUAUUGAAGCUGAUGCCUUGAGGUAUCAUUCCGCACCUGCAUAAAGGUGAUCGCAUAUCCAAAAUAAGCAAAACAUGUUCUGCUUGAACGGUGUUGUUACUUAUUUUGGCGAUAUUAUCACAUUGACACGAGUUGAGAAAAUCGCUAAUGCAUUAAUACGCGAUUCCAUUGGAACAACCCAUUCUUAUUUAUAAUCCCCGGCAUCAGAUGUAAACUGUUCGCGCAUUGAUCAGUGCAAGUAAACCGACUCUUUAUCAAAAAAAGAUAUUUUCAAAAAGCACUACGCAUAAACGAAACGAAACGAAAGCAACUGUUUACUGCACUUUUUGUCAUUUACUACAUCGAACGCCCAAGUUCGAGAAAGGGAAAGGGAUUAAUUAUUCCGGACUCGUGGAUAAUUACCAUCAGCAACACUGACCCGAAGGUGUUGACUGAUAAAGUAUCAAAUUACUUCAAUCUUGUUUGUGCCAUUUCUUUUUUUUUUGUCGAUUACACAUCUUAAUCGUGAGUCUACACAUGAAACGAGCUUCAACCGGGUUAAAACAGAAAGACUGUUAAUUAUUCCAUUGAAAGCUAGUGCGCUUUUGCAAUAACUGAGCAAAGCUAUUUGCUUUUUUUAACAUUUCUGUUUAAAUUAAAUCGAGCCUGUACGAAUCCGUCGCUCCAGCGAUCGGACGUGUUUAAUCGCAGCAAAAGCGCAUGUACUGGAUCGACUAUUCGUGCAAAAAGUAAAAUAAUUUUUAAAUUACUACUCAUGCUCAAGCUAGAAGGUAAAAAAACUAUAUGAAUGCAAGCAGCAAGAAAAAGGAACGCAGGAAAUUUGUAGCCUCGCCAUCACGCAUGUCAAUCAAACUUCAGCUACAAAAUUGGAGAAGGAUCACACGCUGCGGGGAGGAGAUUUUUAAAUCCAGUUCACCCCAGCUUACACUCAUCAUCAGUUGGACACAUCAAUUUACCGGUUUGUGGUCAUCCGGACCAGUACAUUGGGCUGGGAAAUGAUUGCGGUACGAUUCGUUCCGAGCAGCACAAAAUUGGAUAACAUUUUCGAGGAUCAACAAUUGUGGUCGUAUGUUGCGCAGUCACGUUCAGCUUCAGUGGAUAAUAUUGUGAUUUACACGUAAUUAUAUUUUUUCUUCAGUCUACUGACGUUUUGCGAAGACUUACUAUUAAAGUAACGAUUAUUUUCGUCCUUGCUUAAAUUAUUUGAACUUCAUUUUCGAACUAAAAUUUCAAUUGCCUUCCAUCGCGUAAUGAGCCUGUAAUGAUUCUGGAGAACUGGAAGAGCCGCGCUAAACGGAAGAAUCACUGUCAGAACAAGUGUCAACGAACACAAAAGCAAACACGAUCAAGCAAGCAGCGCUGGAUGCAGUCCGUUGUGUACGACGCAAUUAAAGCACUGUGUGGAACAAGUUAGGGUAAAAUGUGCAUUACAACAGAAUUGAUGAUUCAAUCGCUAAUUCAAUCCGGUGUAUCCAACGCAGCAUCGCUAGCGCCGGAGCAGAUUCGAGAACAAUACCUGCGCACGCAGCACGCUGAACCAAGCAUGCCUAAUAUACGAUUCACUGCACCAGCGCCAACACAUCAGCAGCAGCAGCAGCAGCAGCAGCAAUCCGAUGAGGAAGGUGCCUCGCUUUCCUCGAGCAAAGACGGUUUGCUGACCAAGCUGUACCAGGAAAACCAGGACAUGAAGGCGAAGAUAGCCGAGCUGGAGGGUAUGAUCGGGCAGGCAAAGCCGUUCGACGCCACGCACGUGAAAGCGAUGGUCCAGCCGUUCAGCGGUGACGAUCUGAUGGACAUUCACACCUGGCUCGCGAAGCUGGAGGAUACGUUCCGUGUAUUGAAAGUGGGCAAAACCGAGCAGCUGGUCGCCGCGUGCGGGCUGCUGACUGGCACUGCGGAAGUUUUUCGGCGAAUCACAACCUUGAAGGAUUAUGACGAUUUCCGUACGAAGCUGGUGGAGGAGUUUCGCUAUAACAAGCUCACCGACGAAACGAUCGUGAAGGAGCUGCGGAAGCAUACGCUGAAGGAUAACAACGUGCAUCGGUAUGUGCUGGAAAUGAUUGAGCGAGCUAGCGGCUAUGCUAUCGCGGAAAUCGACCUGGUGGACAUCAUUGUCGACGGAUUGAAUGAUAAUUCGCGCAACGUUGUAAUGCUGUACGGGGCAAAAACUAUCCAGGAGCUGAAGGUGCUGCUGCCCCGGUACAAAAAACGAAGAAUCAAUUUGGCGAGUCAAUAAAUCAGGUGGCGAGAUCCGUUCCGUACUUCAUGCCGAGCCAUGCGAAGGAUGGCUGACUCGUUACUCUUCCCCAUUUCAAAUGAACCAACCUUGUUUGCUUUCUUCCAGUUUAUAAAAAUGUGAAAUAUGAAAUAAAAGGAUUUAAUUUUGUUUGUUCCAUGAA